GACGUCACGCACUUUGUCAGUCACCGCCGUCGUUCCGUCGAGGCUGCCCGAGCUCUAACUGUUAACUGCUGUGUGUGUUUUUCUCGGGUGAAGAUGGCCGCAGGUCCUCUGUCUGUAUCCUCUAACGCGUCCACAAACAACGAUGGCAUUCUCAUCGGUGACAAAGUUUACUCGGAAGUGUACCUCACGAUCGAUAACUCGCUCAUACCGGAGGAAAGGCUAUCUCCGACGCCGUCGAUGCUCGACGGCCUCGACCUGAACACGGAGACCGACCUUCGCAUCCUUGGAUGUGAGCUGAUCCAAUCGGCGGGCAUUCUGCUCCGGUUACCUCAAGUGGCGAUGGCGACGGGACAGGUGCUGUUUCAUCGGUUUUUCUACUCCAAGUCCUUCGUCAAACACAGCUUCGAGAUUGUUGCCAUGGCUUGUAUCAACUUGGCCUCCAAGAUCGAAGAAGCGCCGCGACGAAUACGAGACGUCAUCAACGUUUUCCACCACCUGAGGCAGAUCAGAGGCAAAAAGACUCCAAGUUCAUUGAUACUUGAUCAGAACUACAUAAAUACCAAAAACCAAGUCAUCAAAGCGGAGCGGCGGGUCCUGAAGGAGCUGGGCUUCUGUGUCCAUGUCAAGCAUCCACACAAGAUUAUCGUCAUGUACCUUCAAGUCCUGGAAUGCGAAAAGAACCAGACGCUGGUCCAGACCGCCUGGAACUACAUGAAUGACACCCUGAGGACGAACGUGUUUGUGAGAUUCCAAGCCGAGACGAUCGCAUGUGCCUGCAUAUUCCUCGCCGCCCGUGCUCUGCAGAUACCUCUGCCAUCCAGACCUCAUUGGUACCUGCUGUUUGGAGCCACCGAAGACGAGGUCAAAGAGAUCUGCAUCACCACCCUUAAACUCUACACCAGGAAGAAGCCCAACUAUGACCAGCUGGAGAAGGAGGUGGAGCGGAGGAAGGUGUUCCUGGCAGAGGCUAAGCUGAAAGCCAAAGGUCUGAACCCCGAUGGUACCCCUGCACUGUCCACACUGGGCGGCUUCUCACCUGCUUCCAAGCCGUGCUCCCCAAAUGUGGUCAAGGUGGAAGAGAAGUCCCCGAACCCGCAGACCCUCAAACCAGUUAAGAAGGAGCCAGACAACCGGACUCAGGUCAACAAGAGUCCACACAAUGGUUUAAGGAAAGAGGUGAAGAUCGGGAGGAACAGCAGGAGUGGAAGUCGAUCUCGUUCAAGAACACGUUCCCGAUCUAGAUCCCGCUCUCCUCGCAGACAUUACAACAGUAGACGCAGUCGCUCAGGGACCUAUAGUUCUCGCUCACGUUCUCGCUCUCACAGUCGCAGUCCAUCGCCUCGGCGACACCAGCCCUCGCCCCUCCUUCCCCACCUCAAGUCCAAGACCAGCCACCAUAGCAACAGCGACUCCAAGCCCAGCGGGCGCCACAGCAACAGCGGAGGCGGAGGAUCUGGCCAUAAGAGGAAGCGCACGCGUUCCCGGUCGCGGUCCCGCACUCCGGUCAAAGUAGACCGGGACCGUGACAGAGAGAGGGAACGCGAGAGAGACAGAGACCGCGGCUCCUUCGACCUCUCCUCGAAGAAACAUAAGCACGAGCGAGGAGCCGGCCAUCGAGGAGACAGGAGGGAGAGGGAGAGAUCUCGGUCGUACGAUAGGGACAGAGAGAGGGAGCGUAGCCACAAGAGCAAACACCACAGCAGUAGUGGACACUCAGGACAUAGCCGUCACCGGCGCUGAGACACAAACACCACACACACACACACCAACAGACUAGCUCUAGGACUGAUGGUCACUGAAGUAUUUUUCAGUAUCCACAAAACCAAAUCAGAUGUGGCGUGUUCUCUAGAUGCUGUUGCUGAAGAGUCGUGUUAGCAGUCACAUCUUACGUUUGUCAAAACUUUAGGAACCAAAUAUCUGCACCCUGUCAGGUGACACUGCUGACAUGUCUGAGGAGUUGGUGACCAAGAAAAAAAAUUAACAUUCAGCACUCACUUCUGCCUCGAUUAGGAGAACACGCCCUGUUUGAUUUGGUUUUGGGUAUAUUAUCAGACAUCGGUGGGUUUCUGGGUUUCUCACAUGCAUCCUGAAACUGACCAUUGGAACUAUAUAAUUUACAGGAAUGUUGAUACUCUUCAACCUUUAAUGUUAAAUGGCCUAAACCAAAUAACACAUUUAGUUUUGUUUAUUAUGGGAGUUUGUCCCGUCAGAGGCGUUUAUGGAAACUCUGCUGAAAGUUGCCUGAAUCCUACACAUAGCUUCUGCAUGCACAAAUGUCUUGGUGAUAGAACAUCCAUUGCUUCGACUCUCUUCUACGCAGCAGCACACCUGUAGCUGAUAUUUGGCAGAGGUGCUUGAUGUUGCUGUAGACUGAGCGUGUGCAUCUGAGGAACCCAGGCGGCAGCAGUAACUACCAGCAUGCACGCAGCGGGCUGUUUGUAGGUUCACAAGUCUUUGUUUCACCCACAUGGUCAGACGUGAUUAGUGGCUGAGGGAAGGCACCAACUAAGUGUGACAUCAGUCCCAGACCUGUCAUCGUCUCCUCCACCUAAAGGAUUUUCUUUCUUUUCCCAUGUUACCUCCGACCUCCACCCCACACACACCAAACCAUCCCUGUAGCCUACCCUUUGUGUUCUUGGUUUUACAUGUAAAGAUACUGACUUUGGGAAAAGAAACUUAUUUACAGUGUAAAGAUGGUUUGAUAUCCGCUGACAAUAUGUGAACGCUUUGAUUUAUAAAAGCGAGCCGCUCAGCGGAGGGAUUGAAUGAAUAAAUGUAAAAUAAAAACGAUCAUUCAGGAAAGAUCAAUGUUUGCACAUUAAGGGACUGGCAAGCGAGUGUUUUUUUUUUUUCCUUAAGUUUUUUUUUUUCUUUUCGGACAGAUGUAUGUUGCUAAAGCUGUGUUUUGUACAGUUUCAAAAAAUGCAAACUGGUUAUAGACAUGUUUUUCUUUUUUACAGCAGGGGAUGCAGACUUGAUUUCAGAAAAUCUUAGGGUCGUCAGUUUAUUACACUGGUUUUUAGUCUGCACGUGUUCAUGUCAUGAUUUUUAUUCAAUAAUAAAUGAGUUAUGCCACUGAA